AUGAAUCAUCGUUCCAAGAUCCAUCCUACUAUGUUGGAAGCACGAUUGGAACAGGCAAGCCUUCUGAAGCGCGUCGUCGACGCUAUCAAGGAUCUUGUCCAGGACUGCAACUUCGAUUGCAAUGACUCCGGAAUCGCCCUCCAGGCUAUGGACAACUCCCACGUUGCCCUGGUUUCCAUGCUGCUCCGUGCCGAGGGUUUCUCUCCCUACCGCUGCGACCGUAACAUUGCUCUCGGCAUCAACCUGCUCUCCCUGACCAAGGUCCUCCGCGCCGCCCAGAAUGAAGACAUCCUUACCCUCAAGGCCGAGGACUCGCCCGAUGCCGUCAACCUCAUGUUCGAGAGUGCGGAGACAGACCGACUGAGCGAGUAUGACAUCAAGCUCAUGGAUAUUGACCAGGAGCACCUGGCCAUCCCUGAGACUGAGUACGCCGCUACCGUUGAGAUGCCUUCUUCUGAGUUCCAGCGCAUCUGCAGAGAUCUCAACGCGCUGUCUGAGUCUGUUGUGAUUGAGGCCAGCAAGGAGGGUGUCAAGUUCUCCUGCCAGGGUGAUAUCGGUAACGGAUCCGUCACCAUCCGCCAGCACACCAACGUCGACAAGCCCGACCAGAACGUCGUGAUCAACCUCUCCGAACCCGUCGCCCUGACCUUCUCCCUCAAGUACCUCGUCAACUUCUGCAAGGCCUCUAACCUGUCCUCAUCUGUCGUGCUGCACCUCUCCCAGGAAGUGCCGCUGCUUGUCGAGUACGGUCUGGGAAGUGGCCACCUGCGGUUCUACCUCGCUCCUAAGAUCGGUGACGAAGAGUAA